AUGUCUCAGCUCGACGAAUCCUCCUCCAAUCAGGCCCUGCCCACCUCUGCUGAAAGCUUUGAGUGGGAUAUGAACACAGCUCAACCAAUGCACUCUCUGCAGCCAAACACCUUUGUGAAGCCCGAUGGCCGGUACCACUUCUUCGACUCUGCUGCCCCACGGCCUGAGGGAAAUCCACAUCUGAUAAGCAAAUUUGUUGACGUUAGCUACAACGGCCAAGGCUUCGCUGGUCCAAACUUCAAUCCUUUCAUGGAUGCUGCUGCUACGAUGAAUCCAAGUCCCGUGUCAGGGGUUGGCGAUUACGAUGCAGGUUUCAUGCCAUCGAUGAAUCCUAACGUCUCUGGAGGGCCCAAUUACACUUCUCCCACCAUGCAAGUCUCACCAAUCAUCAGUAUCGACGACAAUGGGUGUCCUUCAAGCUUUGAUCAAGCCGAACCCACUUCGCAGCCAACUCCGAAUACCCCUUCAGGCAAUAUUGCCUGGACCAAGCAAGAGGACAAAUGUCUCAUGAGCCUCAAGCUCCAGGGUCUUAGCUAUUCUGAUAUUCAGGACGAAAUGAGGAAGGAAUUCGGGUGGACCCGGAACAAGAAUGUGUUAGGUAAGCGCUUCGCCGUCUUGAAGAAGCGCUCCAAACCACAGAUCAAGACCCGUAUCGUUCGUGAUAUCUCUAAAAGAAUUACUCCAGAAAUUAUCAAGGCUGUCGGAAAGGAGCUUCAGAAAGUCACUUCGUCCGAUAGCAACAACGUUGCAGCAGAACUUGAGGACUUGGUGCAUUUGAAGUUUCCAGAGUUUCUCGAGAAUUUGGUUGCAGAUGUAUCUGUAUCUCUCAGUCAAGCUGUGGAUGAUGAUGAUCAUGACUUAAGAGCUUGCCUUUGA